AUGACCGCUGAGACUGUGACCCUCAACACUGGCGCAAAGCUGCCAUUGUUCGGUCUGGGAACCUGGCAGGUACGCGACGAGUCCGAUCUGAAAGUUGCUCUUCGUGCCGCUCUUGACGCUGGAUAUCGUCUCAUCGACACCGCGUUUUUGUAUCAAAACGAGCAUAUUAUUGGAGAGGUGCUUCAAGAGUACAUUUCGGCGGGAAAAAUCAAACGAGAGGAGCUCUUCAUCACCACGAAGCUUCCAUUCACUGCUCAUGCUCCCGGCGAUGUGCGCAAAUGCGUCGAGCAGCAACUCAAAGCUCUUCAACUCGACUAUGUCGAUUUGUAUUUGAUCCAUUGCCCGUGCCCAUUCAAACACAAAGAGGGCAGCUUCCUACCGGAGAUUGACGACGGACUGUUCAUCGUUGACGAGACGCCACACAUUGAGACGUGGAGAGAAAUGGAGAAGCUCUACCAUGAGAAGAAGUUGAGAGCUCUUGGAAUUUCCAACUUCAACGCCAAACAGAUUCAGGAUCUUUAUGAUGCUGCUGAGGUGAAGCCGGCGAACCUUCAGGUGGAACUUCACAUCUAUUGGCCGCAAUUCGAAUUGCGCGAACUCUGCAAGAAGCUCAACAUCACGGUGACCGCGUACGCGCCGCUCGGCUCGCCAGGUCGUAAGGCUGCGCGACCAGACGGCGUUUGGCCAGAAGGUGACCCGCUUCUCGAGCCGAUCGUGAAGGAGAUCGCCGAGAGAUACCACAAAACGCCGGCGCAGAUACUCCUCCGUCAUUGCACACAAGCCGGCAUCUCGGCGAUUCCGAAAAGUGUGAGCCCGGAUCGUCUUGUUGAGAACAUCUCGAUUUUUGACUUCAAACUCGCUCCGGAAGACGUCGAGAAGCUCAACAACGUCAAAUCAAAAGUCCGCCUCUUCAUUUUCGAUUUGUACGUCGCUGCCCGCCAUCCAUUCUUCCCGCACGACGACGUCGACAAGUCGAAAAUCCCGAAGAGCAUCAUCCGAUUGCACUAA